UUCUUUGUUUAUUCUUAGCUGUUUCGUUUUAUUGCCAAGUUUGUGCAAAUAAUUGUCGUAAUAAUAAUUUUUUUUUUUUUGAGUGAAAGCAUAUGGAUUUAUUUGUUACUUAUUUUUCAUCUAUUUUCUUCUCCCAUAUGCAUCAUUUAUCUUCGAAGGAGAGUUUCCAUUGAUUUCAUGUUAUUCAUUUUCAUAAAUAAUUCUAAAGAAACAUUUCGGUAAUUAUGCAAAGUUGGUUUUUUUUAGAAGAUUCCAAGAGGCGUAAAUUAAAAAUACAAAGAAAAAUGACGGAUAAACAAAUACCUCAAAAAACAGAAAUCGCAACUCAAAAUUGGGUGUUUUCUGUCGCUUUAUCGGAUUUAUCAUCAAAAGAGAAACUCUUCAUUACUGGAAGUACACCCGAGCUUGGUGAAUGGGACUACAGAAAAAUUGUUCCUUUAGAACUGAAUGAAAAUGCCAAUGUUUGGACCAAAACCAUUGAAAUACCAAAUGAUUGUGAUGUAUACUACAGAUAUGUUGUUUGUGCUGUAAAUGAAGAAUGUAGUGAGACAAGAGUAUGCCGAUGGGAAUGUUCAAUAGAACCAAGAGUUAUUAAAGAAAGUAUGUUGCACCCUGUUAUAGAUCAUUUUGGAGAAUAUGGUGGUAAUGAAAGGUUAAUAAGAGGCUGGCUUACAUCUCAGUCUUUAGUUCAAUUUAAAUUUAUUGAUAACCCUUUAAAACUUAAGAGCCGUCUUACUGGAAGGCUUAUGCACAUCAAAGUUACACCUGUUAAGUUAAGUUUUGGGACAGAGUCCCAUAUUGAAGAGUCUUCGCUAAGUACUGAUACAAUGGAUAUAGAAACACCAGCAGGAGUUUAUGUAGAAGUUGCCACUUUGGAUAAUGAUCCUAGUCUUUGCUCUUUACAACCCCAGGAACAAUUUGGUAGAGAAUAUAGACCUAAUGAUACAUUAUUAGUUAAUGUAUUUGCUCCAAAUCCUAAAAGUAUUGCAUUUCUUAUUGACUUCUAUUCAUAUAGUACUAGAGCAUCCAGUGAAGAUCCUCCUUGUCACAUUGGUUACACUUAUGUCCUCCCUAAUAUGUUUAAGCCUUCUGAAGGUUUGUUAGAAUUGCCGGUCACGUGCAACAUUAAGCAUCGUCCCCUUGGAACAAUUAAUUUUGAAUACCUCAUAAUUUGCCCUAUGGAGGGAAAUCUUUCAAACUUCAAAGUCACUUAUGCUAAGCAUUGGGAUCCCACCUGGACAGGCUUAGAAGUUGGACACCGGGGCUUAGGAGCCAGUUUUAAAACAAAAGAGGGUAAUUCGAUUCGCGAAAAUACAAUAGCUUCUCUUAAAAAGGCAGCUGCCAGUGGGGCAGAUAUGCUGGAAUUUGAUGUGCAACUUAGUAAAGACAUGAUACCCGUCAUAUAUCAUGACUUCCAUGUGUGUAUUUCUAUGAAAAGAAAAAGAGAAGUUGAUUUCUCUGAAAUGCUAGAAUUGCCUGUGAAAGACUUGACCUUGGAGCAUCUGCAGAAACUAAAGGUGUACCACUUAGUAGAGGGUCGAAAUCAUGAAAUUCUGUUCUAUGAUGAAGAUUUAGAAGAGCAUCAACCAUUUCCUACUCUCAAGGAUACACUUGAAGCCUUGGAUGAACAUGUAGGAUUCAAUAUUGAACUCAAAUGGACAAUGGAGCUUAAAGAUGGCACAUUUGAAUUGAAUAAUCCUUUUGACAUGAACACUUAUGUGGAUAAGGUGCUCGAGGUAGUCUUGAAGCAUGGUGGAAGCCGUCGAAUCGUAUUUUCUUGUUUCAAUCCCGAUAUUUGUACAAUGGUGCGGUAUAAACAGAACAAGUAUCCUGUCAUGUUCCUCACUGUCGGUGUAUCUGAAAAGUACCCCCCAUACCGUGACCCCAGGUGUCUGUCCAUCCCUGCGGCCGUUCAAAAUGCAAUCAGUUCCGAUAUUCUCGGCAUCGUAGUUCACACUGAAGAUUUGCUUCGAGAUCCAACACAAGUAAAGCUGGCGACUGAUGCUGGCCUGGUUAUCUUCUGUUGGGGCGAUGACAAUAAUGACAAGAACACCAUUAAGAAACUUAAAGAGAUGGGACUGCACGCUGUCAUCUAUGAUAAACUCGAUCAGUACACAACGAAGGAAGUUAAGGAAAGCAUAUUCUUGAUGGAGGCGCGGGAAUCGCAACGAGAGAUAAUGCAGCUGGCUGCAUUGGACGCGCUCCCCGCUUCCGAGAGCUCGAGCUCGGUACAGAGUGGGUGCGAGUCGGGAGUGCGGCCGUAUCUCAACCUGGCCGCGCGCCACAAACUGGCCGCGCGCUCCACCGUCACGUCUCUGGAAUCCCUCGCGUCCUCCAUCGACAUCCGCGACGAUCUCGCCGACCGCAGCCUUAAGCGGAACCACGAUAUCAUAAUGAACAUACACAAAGAGUCCCAAGUAAAGGAACAACGCAACUCCUUCUUGGGACUCUUUCCGGCGGGAGAUUCUAAGGGCUCACCGAAAAAAUUACGUAAAGAUACGUGAAUUUAACACACGCAAGCACUGUUUUGUAAUUGUCGCCACCUAAAUUUUAAAAACGUUUCGAUGCUCAAUUUUUUUUUUGUCGAAUUUCGCACCAUUUUUCAUAUUAUUAUUUUUGUAUGUAUAGUAAUCAUUUCUUAUUUAUCAAUGACACAUACUAUCUCAGGUGAUAAAGCUGGUGAUUUUAGUACAAUACAAUUUAAAUAAUGCUGCCAAAACACGUGACCACCUUAUAUCGAGAUGUAAUAAUCUAAUUUAAUCGUAGAUAAGCUGGUUUGUAAAAUUAUAAAAUAGUGUAUAGGAUAAUAAACGAAUUUAUAACAAUUUUAAUUUAGUUAGAUAAAUUGUAAUGAUGUUUAACUGUGAUAUCCAAAUAUUAUUAUUAUUUCCCUAAUUUUCAUGUUAUCACAUUAAAUUUUAUGUUUCUCCGUCUUGUAAUUACUUUACUACAAUAAAAACCUUGCCAACAA